AUGCUCAACAUUCCGGAGCUUCAUCAUCUCGUAACGUAUGCACAGAGACUCGAGCUUCGGGAACAGUGGCGCGCUCUCACUGUCGUCAACCGUCAUCUUCCGCAUCGUGUCCUGGACCAUCAGGAUGCCCGCGCAGAACAUGCCGAUGACGCGCAGCUGCUUGAGCUCGCCGAGUCGCUCCGCGCAUUGCAGGAAGGGAGUCUCGUCCUCGACGACUGCCGUGUCGAGAUCGAGUACAUGAAGGGCGCACUCGGGCGAGUUAUGCAAGAAGACGAGAAAGGAGGAGAGGGGAUCCCCGUCGCCCAGGAAGUGAAUGGAGAACUUGAAGGUGAGAUGGCGAAGACGGGGCGCAGUGAUGGAUUGCAGCACGUGAGUCGAAGGGCAUUGUUGGAGGAGGGGCCGUCGCCCAGCAUGCCUGCCGCCUCGCAGUCCAGCUUCACCCGCAAUGACAACGAUAAGUUCAUCAAGUACCUUCGUGAUCAUAAGGGAGAGGCCGGCGAUGGCGGCAACUUCAAGAAGGUGUUCUGGCACUCGAUGGUGCCAUACAUGGAGCAGUACAGGACGCGAGGGGCCCCGAAGUCUGCCACUUCUUUGAAGAACAAGUGGAACUGGCACCGCGCGCAGUACAAGGCGAUCAAGCUCAUCCAGUCGCCGUCGGGCUGGGGGGCAUACGAUGAAGAGCACGGCGCCGGCGUGAAUGCGGAUACUCAAGAUUCAUGGACCGAGUUCACGGCUCGCCACCCCGAGUGCAAGCCGUACGCGCACAAGGGGUAUCCGUGGUUCGACGAGGUGGAUGAGAUCAUUCCCACCACCGUCCCGGGCGCUCACGUCUUCACGCCUUCCCAGGGUGCGAGCUCGGGCGACGAUCAGCCCUCGCAGGACGCGGAUGCGGAUGCCGACGCCACAAUGGAGGAGGAGGAGGAGGAGGAGGAGAAGGAGCCGCCGCAGGCGAUGGGUGAGGAGGAGGACGAUGGGUUCGUGAUCAUCGAGUCUGAUCGCGAUGAGCUUUCGGGCUCGCAGGACGUCAAUACCACGACCUCGUCGUCACACAACACUGCCCCCAAGCCCUCGUCAUCGGCCGCCACGCAUGGCUCCGCCGCCACCACCGCCACCACCUCUUCGAAGCGCCGCCAGCCCGCGUCGGCCUCCUCGGCCCUCAAGCGCACGUCCCGCGUCCCCCCCAGCGUCACCGUGAUGCAGGGGAUGGUCGACCAGCUCAGCGCUUUCAACACCACCUUCCGCGACUUGUUUGGGCCGCCCCCGUCAUCUGGCCUGCCCCCCACCCCCGUUCGUCGUCGUGACUGUGCGGCACGUGUCGAGGAGGAGGAUUGGAUGACGGCCGAGGCGCAGGCCUUUUUCUCGAUGAUCCUCGAGAAGGACACUCCGGCUAUGGACACCUACAUGGGGAAGAAGGGGGAGGAGUCGCGUAAGGCAUAUGUCAAGCUCAAGCUUCAGGAGCACUCGUACUGGAGCCCACCGGAGAAGGAUGUGAUUUCCAAUAUGUUUUCUUCUGACUUCUAA